AUGUUAGGCUUACUGAUGUCUUGCCAGAUUUCCACGUUCAAUUUCAGCAGCUCUGGGCAGACCUACUUCAACCGCCCAUGGAAGUUACUGGUAAAGCCCAGGAAAGAGAAGGACGAUGAGAACUGUUGA